CGAUUACUGCUACUCCUACUACUGCUGCUGUACUAUUGCUACUGCUGCUAUUGCUACUGCUACUGCCACUGCUACUCCUACUGCUACUUCACUGCUUCUACAUGGACACUCCUCCAGAAACAGUCUCCUUCGACUUCGCAGCAGGUGCAGACAUCAUCCGUGCCAACCAAAAGGAUCAGUACUACACGGCAUACCUCAUGUCACAAGUACAAUCGCUUGCACGACGAUUUCUCGGUUCUCGCACAGUCAACACGCAUCUUGCUGAAAUAGAAACCGGUGCAAAGCUGACCUACCUCGGUCUAACAACCCUUGUUGCUCAGCGCACACUUGGCGAAGAGUACUGUGACAUUACUUACACUGAUGCAAGUGGUAAAUCUCUGCCGAGCGCUAGAAGAAGAGCUGCUUUUGUAGCGAGCUCGACACUCGUUCCUUACAUCCUGCACAAGUCAUGGCCGCAGGUCAAGCGGAAAAUUAGCAGUCGGCUUGGAACAGAGUCCAGAAUUGGAAGAGUAUUUGAGAAGGCCGUCUCAUCGCCUACACUGCAGACGCUCGCGAAUCUGCAUCUGGCAUUGUUUUACUUUACAGGCGCUUACUACACCAUCACGAGGAGAUUGACAGGGUUGCGCUACAUCUUUACGCGCAAGAUGGAGCAUUCUAGCGAACGAGUGGGUUACGAAGUAUUAGGCUUCUUGAUCCUCCUACGUAUGGGAUUCCCCAUCAUCAGCAGUCUAUUGCCUGCUUCGUCAAGCAAAGAGAUCUGGCAAACAUCCGCUGAAGCGCCCGUCCAGAUUGAUUUGGAGGACACAUCACGCAUGCCCUUCCUGGAUGAGCAGGGACGCAAGUGCACCUUGUGUCUGAGUGACAUGCAAGAUCCAACAGCAACGAGUUGCGGACAUUUGUUUUGCUGGACUUGCAUCAGUGAAUGGACGCGAAGCAAACCGGAAUGUCCUCUUUGUCGGCAAACUGCCCAUUGCUCUCAUCUACUGCCUCUGCGAGAGUAGAAUUCAAGCUUGUGUCUAGUGUUCAAAAGUCGAUGCACAUCUGGCCAAUGAUUUUUUCAAGAUCAGCGACUUCCAGAUAUAAUGCUGCGUCUGCGCCUUGCUCUUCACGGGCCUUGGCCACUGCACGAUUGAAUGCUUCUUCUGUAAAUAUC